AUGAAAGCAGGGCAAUCAUAAGUAACUGAGGACGCAUUGUUCCACUUUAACACUAUUAAAGAUCUUUAUUCCUAGAAAAUAGACGAGCUAAAUGAACUUAAAAAAAUGAUCUUCUCAUAAAGUGACUAAUAAUUAGAUUAGCAGCUCAGGGCAAAGCUAAGAAUCACAAUUGAAAGUCUACUUAUUGAUCUUAAUGAGGAGGUUUUCGGAAUAUCAGAGGAAUUAGCCAAAUCAUUUACAUUUUAGAGGAAUAAACACAUGCUUGCUCAAAGGGCUAAUGAAUUUGAAUAGAGAUAGCAGCAGUUGUUUAAAAAGAUUAAAGAUACAGUUGAGAACAAUCCUACUAUAAAGACUUUGAGAAGGAACAAGAGAAUAAAAGAAUAGUCGCCUCCAUAGAGAGAUCUAAAUACAUUUGGAGCAACUGGGUCAGAGGAAUUUGAAUAAAGAUAAAAUUAAUAAAAACCUGUUCCACAUCCUAAGCAUAUUCACACAAUGAGAGAGCCUUCUCCUUAAUAAAAGUCUAGGAAAAUUAAGAUUGGAUAAUCAAGCAGUCAAAAGAAUUUGUAAGAAGGAGGAUAUUAAUCAGAAGGGAGACAGAGAUAAGGUUCCAUUCAUUUGACCUAGCCAUAGUAUAACACUUAAAAUAUCUAAAUUCCAAUUCAACAUCAAAGAUAGUAAAAAUUACCUAAGAAACAGAAAUCUCCGAUUCCCUUAAGAAGAAAAGAUCAGUAACAGACAUAGUAAUAGAUAACCUCUUCUUUUAAUGAAGAUCCUGUUAUUUAGAUGCUAAGGACUAGCAACAGUAGUUAAAGAUUUAACAAUUCAGCAAAGAGAUAACUCUAGUUCUAAAGUGAUAAGGAGUUGAGAAGAGUAUUUGGAUAUACAAGUGAUGGCGUAAAGAAAAACGAAAGUAAAAAGCAUAUAAAGAAGCUGGAUGAGUUUGAAAGGUACCUGUCAAAUAAGUAAACAGGAAAGCAAGCAUCAGGAAGAAAAGCAUCUUCUACUAGAAAUAAGGAGAACUUUAAACCUAACUAAACUUUUGAUGAAUAAGAAAAAUUCCAUAUAAAUUAAACCACUCUUGAAUUAUAAAGUGAAGCCUUUCAAGUAUUUGCAUAGGAUUUUGCUCAUAUGAAGAGCAAGAUGAUAUAGAUGUAAAGAUAGAUCAAUAAUAAUGAGGAAAAAACUCAAAGUUUAGAGGAGCUAUGCAAUAAACUUAAGACUGAUAAUGUUAAGUUAGUGACAGAUAUGAGACUAAUAGGUAAAGAACAAACAGAAUUGAUAUAAAGAGUUCACUAUUUAGAAAGGAAAAAUGCUUAGUUAUAAUAAGAAAACCAGAUAUUUAGAAAUAUUCUUAGUAAUGAGAGGACGGUUAAAGGAUAAGAAACUAAUAUGCCAAGAUAAGGGGGGCAUUAUAGAGAUGAAAGUGCAUCAAAUAUUUCUAUUCAUUCUGGAGGUGGUCACGAUUUGAGGAAAUAAUCGCCUUUUUCUAGUUUCCUGAAUAGACAUAGGUCAAUGAGCAAUAAUCAAAUAAACCCUUAACCUGAGUUAAAUAGUGGUGGUGCCUCUCUAAGGAAUCUAAGAUUUGCCAAUGAUAUCUCAAAUUAGGAUAUAAGAAAUAAGGAAUUCAAUAAAAAUGAACAGGUAUUACCCUAGCAUACGCUAAAUUAAACUAGCACUUCAAAGUUGCUGAAUUAAAGUUUUGAAAGAGAGAACCAUCAUAAUUAAACACUGUAAAAUACAAGGUAGCCAUUAAAUGAGCCUCCAAAUUCAAUACACAAUACUCUAAUGUCUGGUAGAGAUGAUUAGCAAUAACAGCAAUACAAUAGUUAAAACAAUUUUCCAAAUAAUAAUUCAUUUUUAAGACUUUAGCCUCAGAUAAAUAAUUCAAGGCAAAUAAGCGGGCCUUAGACAAUGAAAGGGGAUGGAUUGGCAUAGCAUCCAUCCUUUAGUUAUUAAAUGAGAAAUUAAAUGACACCAACCACUCCUGAAAGACUUCUUAAUGUAACAAAUCAACCAGUUGACGAUACUCCCUCAAGGGCAAAUGACUAAUCUAGAAAAGAAUUAACUGGCUAUAAUUCUCUAAACAUGACUCAAAAUAGUUUAAAUAGAAAUGAGAAUUCUUUAGUAAUUGAAAGGAACAGAUCAUUUGCACCAUUAGCCAGACUUAAUCAAAAUUCCCAAAGCUCUAAAAAAUUAUUAGGAUUAAAUGAAACAACAGGCACUUAGAACAGAGAGCCUCUCUCAGACUGGGUUCUUGAAAGAAUGAAAAAAUGA